GCAACAGCAGCUGCGAACAAACUGUCCUGCAUUUUAACAGAACAAGACAAGAGAAAAGCAGCCCCGUGUUUUCUUCUAAAAUCCUCAGAGGGAAACAUAAAAAAUGUAAUGGUUUUUGGUGUAAUUUGUGAAUUUUUUAUGGAACAUUUUUUGUUUUUUCCUCUUUAACACUGAGUUGAAUGUGGAGUUUUUAGAUGGAAGGCCGGGGCAGACAGAUUGGAGGCCUGGUACUUUGUCUGAUUGGUGUUUUAGGAGUGUGUUUAAUAUGUGGACUACCAAUGUGGCGGGAGACAUCUUUUGUAGGAGCUAAUAUUGUGACUGCUCAGUCGGUUUGGGAUGGCCUGUGGUUGCACUGUGUCUUCCAGUCUACAGGUCAGAUGCAGUGUAAGAGACACACAACGUCCUCCCCUGUGCCCUCUGACCUACAGGCUGGACGUGCUCUUACACUGGCCUCCAUCAUCACCGGUUUCCUCGGCUUCAUCAUCACCCUCCUCGGUGGCGGAGUGGUCAACUGCAGUGGACAGCAGCCUAACACCAUGGAGCCGCCUUCCACCAGAUCCUCUAAAAAGAAGGCUUGUCUGUUGGGCGGGGCUCUGUGUAUCCUGUCUGGUAUCCUGUGUCUGGUGUCAGUCAGCUGGUCAGCCGUGAUAACCAUCUCAGUCUACAACGACCCACUGGUGGCUUCACCCCUAAGGAGGGAGGUGGGCUCGUCCAUCUACAUCGGCUGGGCCUCCUGUGUUCUGCUGCUGCUCGGAGGGACCCUGAUCUGUCUGGUCUGUGGGGAGAAGCAGAGACCCCCGGCUUCCUUUUACUCAUACAUGCCAUACAGCAGCGGGCAGCUCAGUAACAGAGAUACACUGAGGUCUGAGGACGUGAGGUCCAACAGCUCUAUGAUGUCAGAUCAAAGGCCACGCAGGAUGGUGCAGCACGUAACCGAGGUGCAUGCCCAUGAGUCUGCCUCCCUGAAUAAAGCUCAUAGUGAUCUGUUUGAUCAGGCUCAGGGAAGACGACCACAACAUGACCAGGUGAGUUUUCAACAUAAUCCAUCAAACAGAUCAGACAUAGCAGAGAGCUUAUUCAUGGCAAGGAAGCCAAAUCUGGAGCGUGAUGUUUCCAGCAGAGCCUCAAAAGUACAGAGUGAAUAUUAUUACAUCAUGCCCUGAUCUGAAUGAAACAGGAACUAACUUUAUGUUUUCAAUAAAAGAUAAACAUUCUGUGGUCACGGGUGUGUUCGGGAACGUUUCCAAUAGUCAUGUACAUUGUCACUCCAGAGGACGAUGAACUCAUUUUAUAGUGAGAGCUAAGUUUACUUUUUUGUUUUCCAACCUUGUACACAAGAAUAUAAAACACUUAACCUUUUUUUUUUUUUUUUUUUUUUUUUACUCCUGUGGAUUAUGAAAAACAGUGCAAAAGGAAGGGACUCUUGUUGCAGAUUUUGUUUGCUAAGUCUAUGAAAGAUGUCUAUUAGGAACCUGGUCAUUUUGUUGUUCUGGUUUUGUUAACUAUCACUGUACUUUC